AUGUCAUUCAUCCUGCGAAAGGCAGCGUCUUCUGCCACAAAGCGAUUCUACUCAGCCUCUCACAUCUCCGCACCGGCUUCAGGCCUCCGCAUCAACGCCGACAGACUGCAGGAAACAAUUCACCACACGUGCCAAUGGGGUGCUGCUCAUCGAUACGGAAGCGGCCCAGCAGAGACGGGAAUGUCCCGCCUUUCGCUCUCCGAUGAUGACGCCCAAGCAAGGCGUUGGUUCGCCGAAGAGACGCAGAAACUGGGAUGCAAUCUCGUCGUAGAUCAGCUCGGUAACAUGUUUGCCAGUAAGCGCGGAUCAGCACCAAAUCCCACGCCCAUGAUUGCCAUGGGAAGCCAUCUCGAUACUCAGCCGCGAGGUGGCAGAUACGACGGUAUUCUGGGGGUUGUCGCUGCUGUCGAGGUACUGCGCACGCUUGCAGAGAAUGGAUACAAGACUCAUAACGACGUUGGAGCCGUCAACUGGACAAACGAAGAAGGCGCCAGAUUUCCCAAGUCCAUGAUGGCAUCUGGCGUAUGGGCUGGCAAGAUUCCUCUCGAACAAGCCUACUCACUUCCCGACAUCUUUGAUCCCUCAGUCACAGUCAAGUCAGAACUCCAGAGGCUCGGCUACAUCGGAGACGUUGCCUGCUCGUCAGUCGGAUAUCCUCUAGGAGCUCACUUUGAGUUACACAUCGAACAAGGACCAAUCCUAGAGGAGACUGGAAGAAAGAUUGGUGUUGUCCAGGGUGGCCAGGCCUACCGCUGGUUCACCGUCACCGUCAAUGGCCGCGAUGCCCACACAGGAACGACGCCUCUGAAGUCACGUAGCGACCCUCUGUUGGCUGCUUCCAAGAUGAUUGCUUCUUCCAAUUCCAUUGCAAAGAAUCUCGGUGCCCUGGCAUCUACCGGAGUCUUUAAGAUUCCCCCAAGCUCCUCUACUAACACGAUCGCUUCUGAGGUAACGUUUACGCUCGACAUCCGCCAUCCCGACGACGCAGUGGUCGACGAAGUGCAGCGCCUCUGCUUCGAGUCCUUCCAAGCCAUCGCUAAAGAGGAUGGUCGCGGUGUUCAGGUCAACUGGACUCUCGAUACCGAUUCCCCAGCCACAAAAUUCGACUCUGACUGCAUCAAAAUGGUCGAAAAGGCAGCGACCGACCUUGUUGGACCCGAUGGAUGGUUGCACAUCACCAGCGGAGCGGGUCACGACAGCGUCAAUACGAGCAGCCAAUGCCCUACAACAAUGAUCUUUGUCCCCUGCAAAGACGGCGUUAGCCACCACCCUGAAGAAUACUGCAGCCCGGAGGAUUGUGCUCUUGGAGCCCAGGCUCUUCUCGAAUCGGUGGUUAAUUACGACAAGCUAAAGGCAGGGCAAUAA